AUGUCUCCACCAACGAUCUCACGAAAGGAUGUGUUGAAGUUUGAAACGUUUCUUUUCGAUGCCGACGGAGUGUUAUGGACGGGUGAUAUACCAGUACCGGGAGCCAUAGAUUUUGUAUCGACCCUACUAGGCGCUGGCAAGCGCGUCUUCAUCAUCAGUAACAAUUCGACGAAAACUAUGGAUCAGUAUAUGUCUAAGAUAAAUAAAAUCGGAUUUUCGGGUGUCUCCAAAGAAAAUGUGAUAAACCCCGCAGUAGUGAUGGCUGCCUAUUUUCGUGAUCGAGCGGACUACGCUGGGCAGCCAGUGUAUCUUCUAGGUACAGAGAACCUCAAGAAGACUUUGGAGAGUAUAGGCAACGUUCAUUGCUUUGGUACUGGACCGGACUAUCUUAGCGAUCAUACAGACCACGAUUUCAUUCACGACAUGGACUUAUCCAUAAUACCGAAGGCGGUUGUGUGUAGUUACGACUCGCAUCUUAGUUACCCGAAGAUAAUGAAAGCUGCCAAUUUCCUGAAGCGUAGAGACGUUGAUUUCUUGGUGACCAACGAAGACUACACUUUUCCCGGCCCAAACCCAGAAAUCGUGAUUCCAGGAGCUGGAUGUACUUCCGCUGCUGUCCGCGCCGUUUCUGGUCGUAUUCCAACCGUUUUUGGAAAACCUCAUAAACCAAUAGCUGAUUUCUUAACAAAUAAACAACAUAUUGAUCCCAAGAAAACCGUCAUGUUCGGUGAUCGGUUGGACACGGACAUUCAGUUCGCGAAUGAGAACGGCUUUACAAGUUGUGAAGGAGGCAAAACUGAGGGCGAACCGACACCGAAACCACCUCAACAGCAGGGAUGGAUCAGUAAAUUAUUGACCGGCCAGCAAAUAGAUCCUUCUGGAUGGCACAAACAAAGCUUCUCAAGCUUGCUGAGCACCUCAGAGUAUAUCUACGAGUUUGCCACACACAACUUCCGCCCUGGUGAGAAAGCGAAAUAUCUGGAUGCUUUCGGCAACUACAAGAAGCAAAUGAAUGAAAAAGCCCCCUCUAUUGAUUUGGUAGGGUCAUGGACUGUUUCCUACGGUAAGACGACGGAUCAAGCCGUUCAUUUAUGGCGUCACACAAAUGGAUACAAAGAUGUUGACAAUGCCAUACACCUACACUCUUCUGACAGUGCUAUUUGUGCUGCGGAUGCCGAAGUCGCGAAACUUUGUGACCGUCGCAGAAACACCAUUGUGAAAUCAUUCAGCUACUGGCGUGAACCAGAAAAGCGAGCUCCUACGCAUGUCUAUGAUUUACGCACGUACGUUCUCACUCCCGGUUCGAUGAUCGAAUGGGCCAAUGCUUGGGCAAAAGGCAUAACCUAUAGGCGUGAUGCUAAUCAAGACGUCGGCGGUUUCUUUUCUCAGGUUGGCCAAUUAUACAUUGUUUACCAUAUCUGGGCAUAUCCAUCCAUGUGUGCACGGCACGAAACGCGGCACGCUACAUGGGCAAAACCAGGAUGGGAUGCUACUGUAGCCUAUACUGGUAUCCACUUUCUUAUAGAUACCAAAUCGUAUGAAUAUGUAUGCGAUUCUGAAUGUAAAUGGAGCUAUUUGGAAGGAGCGAGGUGA